GAACGGAGUAGUUGAACUUAAGUUAGUUGAGAGUAUUUCGUUCUGAAAACAAAACGUAUUAAACAUAUAUAGUUGUAAUAGUGAAAAAUUUUAAACGUAUUAAACGUGUAUAGUGAUAACAGCAAAAAAUUUUUUUCAAUACAGAAGUGAUACAAAGAAAGUGAAGAAAACAAUAAUAACACAACGCGGAUACAAACAAACAGACGCGAAAAUGGCAUCCGCAAAUUCAGGAGUAGAGACUGGAAAAGAUUCCAAUGAUAGUGCACAACUUGAAAAUCCAUCACAUCGAUCAUUAAAAAAUGUAUCUACAGCUGAUUCUAAUUCAUCUGAGCUACGUUUUAACAUUCCCUCGAAUUUUAAGUUGGAAUAUUUUCCAAACACAUUGGAAAGACUAGAUUUUUUUAAGAAAGCAGUAAGGGAGGAAGUAUCUUUGAGACAAAAUAAGAUUAAAUCUAGGAGUUUACGAAAAAAAAAUAAUAGUAGUUAUCAUAAUUUUAUGUUGGAAAGACGAAUAAGACGAACAGUAAUUGCUGAUAAGUUUGAUUCAAUGAAAGAAGUAUUAGAAAAAGGAAUGUCUCCAAACAUCAAUGAUGAUUUAACACGAACUUCUCUUCAUUCGGCAGCUUGCAGGAGUCAUACGGAUAUUGCAAAACUUCUACUAGAUCAUGGUGCAAAUCCCAAUGUAGUUGAUUUAAACAGCAACACUCCAUUACACUCGGCAGCAGUUAAUUGUAAAUACGAUAUGGUAACAUUAAUUUUGGAAACUGGAUCUAAUGUACUUACCGCUAAUAAUCCAUUACCGCUAGCCGAAUCAAAACUUAAAUUUCUACGAAGUUGCCGAGAAACAGAUAUGAAGAUGAUGAAGGAAGAAAUUCAUAAGAUUAUAAAUAUGCUUGUAACUCAUUUAAAAAAAAAAGAUAAUACCAAUGAACAAAUAGAAGAGCUUAGCUCAUUUUGCUCAAGAAUUUCUUUGUCAAAUACUCAAGAUCAAGUUCAAGAUGAUUUAAAUAGUUUACUUGCCAGCAUUAAUGCACUAAGUUUGACAACUUAGAGAUUACAAAAUUAAAUAAUCAUUUAAAUGAUUAUAAAUUAUUAUUUAGAAUAUUGAAUAUUUUAGUUGAAUAUCUCUAUUGAAUAUGUACUUUUUUUUAAUAAAUAACAUUUUUAGA